CGCUGCUCGCUCCCGACAGGAUCGUAGGCCGCUGCUGAUCAAACACGGUGCGCGCUCUGCACUGAGCGGCGGCUCGGUUCGCGUGAAACAGCGGCGCAUUAGAGCAACGCACACGGACAGCGCGGUGAAGUUCGCUUCAAUGGAGCGCGACUUUGAUGAGUCUUGAGCGGAGUCGACAUCUGCAGUAGCACUCGUGUCUCUGUGGACACAUGAUGGAGGCUGGUGAUGGCAGCGCUACCGCUUCUUGCAGAGCACGUCGUCAGUCAGAGCAAGAAGGAGAGUGAGAGGAGCAAGAGGAGGCUUUAUCACAGCGCCAAAGCAGUACAUCACAUGAGUGCAUCCGUGUCCCUCUUUCUUUUCCUCCCUCUCGCCGAGUUCAUGCAGGUUUGAACAGAUCACUCACUUGCGAGCUCUCGCUAUCUGAUGCAGAUGCUGAAUUAGUCAGAACUACAAAGGAUCACCUUCACCAGUGAGUGGCUUCAGACUUCAAAGGCUGCAGGAAGUCGAGGAUCUUGCAGUAGAACUGGGACAAACCUGCAACCUCAACUUUGAACCUUUAGAGACAGUUAGCAAUUGCUGCCGUCUACUUCAAGCACUCAUCCUCCGACUCUCAUAGAAAAGCCUGCAUUCCUCCAAGGUCAGCUGAUCCAGCAGGAGUCCUGCACCACCAGCAAGUGGACACUGAAGUGUGUGGAGCCGGGGAGCGGCAGGCUCGGGCUCAGCAGAAGCUCUUCACUAUGGAUGUGGAUGAGGAGGAGAACAUGAGUUCCUGCAGCACCGACGUCAAGGAAAAUCGCAACCUGGACAACGUCUCCUCCAAGGAGGGGGCAAGCAUGCCCGAGCAGCUCCCCAACGGCAGCGGAGGAGGUGGGCGCAAACGCCCCCUGGAAGAGGGCAAUAACGGUCACGCACACCCCAAGUUCAGGCCAAAGAAACGCAAGAAAACUCCAGGGCCCGUUCUUCCAAAGAACGCUCUCAUGCAGCUGAAUGAGAUCAAGCCAGGCCUGCAGUACAAGCUGCUGUCUCAGACCGGGCCAGUCCACGCACCCGUCUUUGUCAUGACUGUAGAGGUGAACGGGCAGCUUUUUGAAGGCUCAGGCCCCACUAAGAAAAAGGCGAAGCUGAACGCAGCAGAGAAAGCACUGCGCUCCUUCGUGCAGUUCCCCAACGCUUCAGAAGCACAUCUGGCCAUGGGCCGGACACUCACCGUCAACACAGACUUCACCUCAGAUCAGGCCGACUUCCCCGACAUGCUGUUCAAUGGCUUUGAGACUCCCGCACCCCCUGAGGACUCCUUUUACCUGGGCUCCAACUCCAACGGCUCCCUGAACCCUCUGGGAGAAUACCCAGUUCCUCCAGUGACCGGUACGAACAGCCUGGCCCAGACCCCUCUACCUCCUCCCUCCACCUUCAACACAUCAUCCAGCGGAAAGAACCCCGUCAUGAUCCUGAACGAACUGCGACCAGGCCUCAAGUAUGAGUUUGUGUCGGAGAGUGGAGAAAGCCACGCUAAAAACUUUGUCAUGUCCGUGACCGUGGACUCGCAGACCUUUGAGGGAUCAGGGAGGAAUAAGAAACUGGCCAAGGCACGAGCUGCCCAGGCUGCACUCUCUGCUCUCUUUAACAUGCAGCUGGACCAGACACCAUCUCGGCAGCCAAUCCCGAGAGAGGGCCUACAGCUCCACCUGCCCCAGGUUUUAGCAGAUGCUGUCUCACGUCUUGUGGUGGACAAGUUCAGCGAGCUCACCGACAACUUCACAUCCCCUCACGCACGAAGAAAAGUGCUGGCCGGGGUCGUCAUGACAACAGGCACCGAUGUGAAGGAGGCCCAGGUGAUCUGCGUCUCCACUGGAACCAAGUGCAUAAACGGCGAGUACAUGAGCGACCGUGGCCUGGCACUUAACGACUGCCACGCCGAAAUCAUCGCCCGCCGCUCCCUCCUCCGCUACCUAUACAUGCAGCUGGAGUACUUCCUCAGUAACAGCAAAGAGGAGCAUGAGAAGUCCAUUUUCACCCGGUGUGAGAAGCACGGCUACCGACUGAAGGACAACGUUCAGUUUCACCUGUACAUCAGCACGUCGCCGUGUGGAGACGCGCGCAUCUUCUCCCCACAUGAGGCAGGCGUGGAAGAUCAGGGAGACCGACACCCGAACAGGAAAGCUCGGGGACAGCUGAGAACCAAGAUCGAGUCGGGAGAGGGCACCAUCCCAGUACGCUCAAGCAACACCAUCCAGACGUGGGACGGAGUCCUGCAGGGGGAGAGACUCCUCACCAUGUCAUGCAGCGAUAAGAUCGCCAGGUGGAACGUGGUGGGGAUCCAGGGCUCGCUGAUGAGCUACUUCACUGAGCCCAUCUACUUCUCGAGCAUCAUCCUGGGCAGCUUGUACCACGCUGAUCAUCUCUCCCGGGCCAUGUACCAGCGCAUUGCAGACAUCGAGCACCUGCCCCAGCAAUUCACCCUCAACCGGCCUCUGCUCAGCGGAAUCAGUAACGCAGAAGCACGGCAGCCGGGAAAAGCUCCUAAUUUCAGCGUGAACUGGGCGGUGGGAGACCAAGCUUUAGAGGUUAUUAAUGCCACGACGGGUAAGGAUGACAUGGGCCGGCCUUCUCGCCUCUGCAAGCACGCACUCUACAGCCGCUGGGUUCGACUGCACUCAAAGCUCUCGUCCACCUUGCGGAUCAAAGUAGCCAAACCAAGCUCGUACCACGAAGCCAAGCAAGCCGCAGUGGAGUACCACACCGCCAAGCAGACGCUCAUCAAGGCCUUCCAGAAAGCAGGAUUGGGGGCCUGGGUGAAAAAGCCCAUAGAACAGGACCAGUUCUCUCUGAGCUCCUGAAGGGGGCGCAAGAGGGACAAGGCAGAGAUCUAAAUGAGAUAACUACAACCAGCUGUUGAUACUUCACUUGAGAUGUGUGUGUGUGUGUGUGUGUGUGUUUGCCUGUGCUGAUUUCCAGCCCUUUAGUCUCACCACUUUGCUCUCAUCACUCGCCCGGUCAUGAGCCCGAUUCUCAUUUGUAAUGUAGUCUGUUGUUUUUAACAAACGGCUGUGUUUGGGGUCGUCACAUCAAACCCGGUGCACGGAAUAGGACACAGUGUUAUAUUUUACAACAGGAAAAUAAAAUGUUUGUCACUUUAUUCCUGUUAAAAGGGUAAGGGUUGCCUGUAACCGGUCGUGCUCAUGUGUGGUGGCCUCGGAUUGACCACGUAGGUUUACGCUAAUCAUGUCUCUCGUCAAGUCAAGGACCAUUGCUGAAAAGCAUGCUUCUGUUUUUAAUCAUCCUCCCUCUCUUUUAUUCGAUUUGAAAACCUAGACUGCAUACCUUCACUGUUAUUAUUAUUAUGAUGAUUUUUUUAAUAUUGCUGGUUUCUUCAGUGUUGUGUUCCUCAUACGAUGACACGAUGUUUCUACAAGUCGGACGGACUUGUGUUCUCCCCUUUAAAACCGAAAGUAACUUAUUUUUGUUACAAAAUGAAACAUACAAAAAUGCAGCCAAAGUUCAUGGUUCUGGUUUAAUUUCAUGCGUUCUGUCGGAAUAACCUCCCCAUUGCAUGUCCGUGUUGUGUACAGUGGUGCACAUCACUCUGAACUGGUGCCAGAACUUUUUUUUUUUCCUCUGGGCCAGAUGUAUCAGAUUUGAUGAUGAAGCUGCCUUCUUUCGUCCAUUUUAGAAGUUUAGGCGUUUAGGUACUUUUACAGAACAAUGUCUCGUCUUUUUUAAACCUGCAUGAAGAACAUUCGCGUGUAAGGAGUUAGGUUUUGUAGCUAUUGCGACGCCGUCUGUUCAUUGGCAUCGAUCAUCGUAUAAGCAGAUGGUAUAAAAUGAUAACACGCCGCCUCCCGAGUGGGAAAAGGCGGCACUUCUCAGUCAUGCACGUUUAUCGUUUAAAGCUGUCUCUCUGCAUGGAAAGAGUGGACAAUUUUUUAGGGGGGGGGGACGUAAAAACAGCCCUCAUGGUUUUUCAAUCAGGGCUUUUUUUUUUUUUUCAUUAAAAUAUUUUUGUGUUUUCGGGCACAAAUAGUCCUUAUUGCUGAAAACUGCUGCAUCCCUGAUACUGAUACUUCUUUAUGCAAGAUGUUUUUUUUUUUCCUGCUGUUUUUAAGCUCGUGCACUCUUUGAUUACUGACCAACAAACAGCAGCAUGUUGGACUGAUCCUGAAGUCAUAUUAAUAGGGGCAUGGUUUCUCUAGUAAUCUUUGUUUCUUUUCUCGACAGCAGGUUUCUUUCCCGAGUUAAAAAUGAGCCUCGCUGAUCUCGAGGCACAAUGACUUCCACCUUGUUUUUAAGGCAGCAGUUUCAUUUGAUGAAAACUGAUAGAGGAAGGCCAUGGUUUUAUAUAAAAAGAAACAAAAUCAGUGAAUAUAUUUCACAUAAAAUUCUGGGAUGCGGCAUCGUCACAUGACCUCUGCAACCCAAACACCACUGGACAUUUCUGCGUCUCUCUCAUGACUGUAUAGAGGGAUGGUGUUAUGUUUUUGUGUUUGUGUGUGUGUGUGUGUGUGUGUGUGUGUGUGUGUACACCUGCUGCUGAGCCCAACCGACGCUCUGUCGAGAUGUCAUGGCAACAGGACUUGGAGAUUGCUGUUGAAUCUUCACCAAAGAUGAUGUCUCUUUCUUUUGGUUGUUUUAAGGUGACAAAAAAAAAAGUGUAAACUUUUAUUUUUGAAAAAAAAAAACUGUUAUUAAUGCAACGUUCAGUGGACAUCUUAUAACCGGUCAUCAAGGUUUUGUAUAUUCAUUUAUUAAUAUAUUUUCAGUUAGUUGACCUGACUAUAUUUGUGUUUUGCGGUGAUAUGAGAGCAGCUCCUUCUUUCUCUGUGUUUCUGAACCUGUUCGUUUACAACUGUAAAUAUUGUGAACUUCUCUGUUGUUGCCAUGGACACUUUGCAUAUAUUCCUGGUAGUUCUAAAUGAGUAUUUCAUCAUCACACAUCUGCAUCAAAAAAAAAAAAAAAAAAAAAAAGACUUGUAUGGAAGAGGUAGUUUCUAUCUAACAUUGCUUUUUUUAAUGUAAUGAUUUACUGUAUGUUUGACAGUGACAUUGGUUAUGUCCUAUUAGUUCAGCUGCCCUGACCCUGUACCUCAUACACAGAUAUAGAAAGAAUGAACAAGACAGAGAUAGUGUCCUUGGAGAACUUUGGAGAGAGUUGCCAGGUCUGUGUAAAACUAGGCUGAUACCGAAGCUAAACAAACACGACUUUCCUAAUACUUAAGUCCAAGAUCAUGGAGACCGCUGAUGAAUAUUAUCGUCUAGAUACACAAAGCGGUCAGUAGUUUAACUACUGUAUAACACCGGUUUGAGCCUGCGCUCAGGUUACUGUCCGUCUAGAUUUCCAUGUCUUUAUAUUUAUGACCAACUCUCAAAAACAUGCCAGAAUGUGGACCUGACUCUGCCCUGAGGUGUGUGUGUGUGUGUGUGUGUGGACUGAUGCACGAUUCAGGCUGCUUUUCUGCCUCAAACCCAGUGUUCCUGGUGUUCUGCACUUACUGAAUGACUUAAUAUAGUUUAACUCAUUUUAAACAUCUAGUAAUCCUGUACUGCUACAUUAAUCAUAGUUAUGAGAAUAAGGAACGCAGUCUACUAAAGCACAGUGAACACAUUCACGUUUUUUUUUUUUCCCAUUAAUUUGCUCCUACAAAUGGAUGAACUUAAAAGUAUCUUUCUAUCUCUGCUGUAAAACCACAACCACAGGCCUGGCAACAAAUUGUUGUUGAUGUUGAUUUAUUUAAUUUCUUUUAAUUAACAUUAGAAUGUACUUCUAAGUUGUCCCUUAUUUUCUAUCCCAAAUAUGAAGAGAGGGUGAUGUUUUAAUCUUUAUAUUCUUUUAAAACCUUUUCGACCAUACGCCACCCAUCAUGCUCCCAUGCCUUCAGUCUGUAGCGUACCGAUCGUCGAACAUGUACUUCAUACACCUCUACUGUUCUUUCUCUCAACUACCCAAGAUGUCAAUGAAUGAUGUCAUUAAUACACUUCCCAGUCCCAACCAAGGCAAGACUUUUUUUUUUCUUCUUCUUUUUUUUUUUUUUAACUGUUUUGGAACUGGACCGUGUUUCAGUCGUGACUCUGGUUCUGGUCAGCCCUGUCCAGAAAGUGUUGUGAUUAGUUGACUGUACAGUGGGGUACGGUGGUGCUGUACACUGCCUCCUCCUGCGUGUCCUCUGUAAAAUCCAUACACAGGCCACCUGCAUGAGCUCCUCCACUGAAGCUGCACCCAGCAUGAUGACUAUAAAAGGACUUGUAUGUAGAAAAAAAAAAAGAAAAAAAACAUAGAUCUAUAUAUAAAGGAGAACAAUA